CUCAUCCAAUUCAAUCAACAGAGAGAGCUGCACAGUAGGAACAAGAAGGCGAUGGAGUUCAUAGCCAAAGGAUGGAGUGCUCUCAAGGAAGUUGAUAGAGUCAUCGAUUACUGUGAGCUCAAUGAUCGUCGUCUCAUUCCUCUCCUUAGGGCAGCUAAGGAAAACUUUGAGUUGGCUCUAGAGACUGACAACUCAAAUACCCAUGCCAGAUUUUGGUUGUCCAAAUUGCAUUUGAAAUAUCAUGUCCCAGGGGCAUGUAAAGCUGUAGGGGCUGCUUUGUUAGUUGAAGCUGCAGAUAUGGGUGAUGCAGAUGCACAGUAUGAAUUGGGCUGUCGACUGAGAGUUGAGAAUGAUUAUGUCCAAUCAGAUCAACAAGCUUUCUAUUAUUUGGAAAAGGCUGUUGAUCAGAUGCAUCCUGGUGCUCUUUACCUUCUUGGUGCUGUAUAUUUAACUGGGGACUGUGUGAAGAAAGACGUUGCCUCAGCAUUAUGGUGUUUCCAUAGGGCAUCAGAGAAGGGACAUACCGGUGCAGCUAUUGCAUAUGGAUCCCUUCUUCUAAGAGGUGUACAGGUCCCAGAAUCUCUUACGAAAUUCAGUGCUAAGAGGGGCUCCUCUGCCAAAACAAGGAAGAACAAAGAAAGCCCCAUGAUGAAUCCAGUAGAGAUGGCCAGACAACAGUUCCAAAUUGCAGCAAAAGCUGGAUGUGAUCUUGGCCUUAGAUGGUUGGAUAGACUUGAGGAGGAAGAGAAACGUCUACUCACUAAAUAACGUAUGUCUAGACAUAAUUAGUUCUGUGGCACAACUAAACUGACAUGAGUACCAACGAAAGGUAUGGGCUCAAGAUCAACCAACGAAGAAAGUCAGUGUUCCGCUGAAACUCCACCAUACUUCUUGUCUAUAAUGGUUAUUUGUCAGCAAGAUAUUUCUAUAAUGUAACAUGUUGUAUGAUCUUGAAAUAUCUUCAAAUAAGAUUGGGAAUUGCUCCAUGUGCCAAAAAAUUCGACUUUGUGAAAUUUGGAUUUACUGUGCCAAGUGAUUGGGGGUAUGUAUUGUUGGGUAAGGGUACUUGAGUUAGCUGAAGAAAAAAAAGGAUCCCCGCCAAUUGAGGGAAAGGA